AUGGAGGAUGAUGAGCCUGUUCGGUUGAACAUCUAUGACCUGGGAAAGAGCAACACAGUACAGAGCCUCAAUGGUUGGCUGAAGCCCGUCGGGAUUGGUGCCUUUCAUUGUGCAGUACAGGUCUAUGGUGUUGAGUGGAGCUACGGGGGAUGGCGAGCACAGGAGGGGCUCAAAGAUUCUGAAGAUUCUGAAGCUAAAACUGGCAUUUGGAGCUGUUUGCCCCAGAUGUCAGUAGAUCACACCUUCCGCGAGGCCGUGCCAAUGGGAAGCAUCUCCAUGUCAGAGGAUGAAACAGUCGAGCUUAUCUACAGCUUGAUGGAGGAGUGGCCUAUGUCUGAGUAUGACAUCCUUAACAAAAACUGCUGCCACUUCUGCGAGGAACUCUGCUUAUCGCUAGGCCUUGGGCCGUUGCCCAGCCGAGUGAAGAAACUGGCCGGUCUGGGUGCCACGCUGAAUGAAAGUGCCCAGGUGGCCGUUGAUCAAGUCUUUCAGGUCGCAUCCAAAGUGAAGUCAGACAUCGUAGGUGCUGGCUAUGUUGCGACCAACUUAGCGGUGCAGGCUGUCAUGAGUGGUGCAUCAGCUCUGGCAGAUGCGCCGCGGCAUUUGUCCGACUACCUUCACCGUGCUGGUCGGACUGCACGUUAUGGGGAGCCUGGGAAGGUGACUUCGCUGGUGAAAAAAGGAGACAAAGCACUGGCGAAGGCCCCGGGUCGUUUCUUACCUAUGGUCCAGCGAAUUAGGUACAAUGCUGUCAUUGGUGCUCGUGGCAGAGAAAGCCGUGGCUUGGAUCAUAGAGGUUGGUCAGAGUCUCUGGUCCUGUUGGAGCUGUUGGUGCAACGAGGAGCGCUGGGCUUGGAGCUUGUGCCAAAGCUCAAAGGUGGCAGAACAGCAUGGAACUUCUUCAAGGUGAUCAGUGGAUGUGGCAAGUCUGGUGAGUGGAAGUUGAGCCACCAAACCCUGGAAAUCCUGCGCUGCAGUGGCAUCCUGCCCACCUUGCUGAGCUUCGGCGCCGCGUUGACAGCCAUCACCACUGGUGUCCUGGUUGACACGUGGCUGAAAGCGCUUCAUCUCUACUCGCAGAUGUGGUGGAUGCAUUUGCUUCCCGACUUGGUAGCCUUCAACGCGCUGGGCAGUGCAGCUGCAGUAUCGGGGCAAUGGCUGCUGAUGCUGCGGCUGAUGGAGGAUGCCACGAAGAUGCGGCUACAGUGCGAUGCCAUCACAGGAACUGCCCUGGUGAGUGCAUGUGAGACUCUAAGCGCCUGGCAAGAAGGGCUGGUGAGCUGGAGAUCUUUGCGGCAGGAUGGCAUGGCAGUCAACUUGAUCCAACUGAACUCUGUCAUCAGCAACGUUGGAAAAGGUCUUUGCUGGGAUCUCGCAGCAGAGCUGCUGCAGAUGUCGCUGCAACCGGAUGAAGUGACCUUGACCGCCAGCCUGGCGGCGUGCUGUGACGCCAUGCAAUGGGACACUGCUUUAGACUGCUUCCUCAUGGCCACAGGUGGUUGGAGCUCCAGAGCUUCCGUGACAGCGCUGCUGGGUUCCUUGCGCGGUGCGCAGCAGUGGCGCAUGGCGCGGCACAGCUGGGAGCAGUUGCAGGUGUCGCCGGACCUUCCCUGCGUCAAUGAGUUGGUAUCCACCAGUGCCCUGAGCUUUCACUGGCCCCAAGCCCUGGUGGAUUUCCACCUGCUGCAGGAGCUGCGACUGAAAACAGACACGGUGGCCUUGAAUUCCUUGCUGGCUGCCUUUUUGCCGCUGGGGAAAUGGCAGCAGAUCAUGCUGUAUUUGGAUGACAUCCGCGACCUCAAAGGGUUCUGCUGUGUAGCUACCUGCUAUGCCCGUGCGGCGCAACGAGAGCGGCUGCUGGCGCUUCUGAG